AUGUGGAGAAAGCUGCGUGCCAAGGCGCACGACAAGGAGGCUCGCGAUGGGCCGCUGCCGGAGUCAAAGGCGGCACCGGGACUAGACCUCCCACCAUUUGUUCCUGGCGAAGAUAAGCUCAAAGACGCGUCUCCAUCCCCUUCAAUAGAGAGUGUCGAAGAACAUGUUGGACUCUUCCCGAUAGAACCCGCCGACCCCUUGUCUACUCCAGGGCCGGCCAUCUUAGAUGUCAUUGCUGUCCAUGGUCUCGGUGGAGGGUGGAAAAAGACGUGGACGGCUGAAAAUGGCAGCAUGUGGCUGAAGGACUUCCUCCCGUGGCAAUUAGACGAGGCCGGUUUGAGAGCCCGGAUCUGGUCUUACGGCUAUAAUUCCAAAACAGCGUUCAGUGCAGCCGUCACAGACAUCACCGACGAAGCUGGCAUGCUGCUGGAUCGUAUUCAGGGUGAAAGAAUCACCCAUGAGGAUAAGAAACGUCAAAUCGUCUUUGUCGCCCACAGUCUCGGUGGUAUACUCGUGAAGAAGGCGAUGGUUAUUGCACAAGAGCGAUCCAGACUCUACGGAGACCUUCUGUCAAAGAUUUAUGGGGUUGUAUUUCUAGGGACCCCCCAUCGCGGCUCGGACUUAGCCUGGUGGGCGACAUUCGCAGCCGAAAUACUCAGGACAGUACAAUUGGGUACUGGAACCAACACAGCCUACGUCUCGGCGCUCAAAAGAAACUCGACUGAGUUCGCCAACAUCUCUCAGCAGUGGGUAGAACGGAGCGAAGCUGUGCAAAUUCGGACAUUUUAUGAGACCGAAAGGCUCGCUGGAGUACUCUCAGAGGUAUCGGCCGGUGCUAAACGCUUUGAAGGUAAAUUCGUGUGGGGCGAAAGUCACACGUCCUUUGUCCAACACCUCGGCUCGUCAGAAUAUAAAGCAGACCGGGCGCGGAACCCGACGAGGGAACCUGGGACGUGCGAAUGGAUCACCCGUCACGGCCAAUUCGAAGUCUGGCUCACUGCCGAGGCUUCCACUAUUUUGUGGUUAUCGGGCGACCCGGGAUGCGGCAAGUCAGUCGCGUCAUCGUUCCUGGUCGACUUCCUGAUACAAUCCCAGCCUUCGAGCUUUACGACCUACUUCUUCUUCAAAGACGACAGUGCGAGGCAGGCCAGUGCCGUAUCCGCGCUGUGUGCUGUUCUCCAUCAGAUCUUCACGGAUAGUAGGAGGGAAUCAUUAGUCGAGCACGGAAUGGAAACGUAUCGCAAAAACGGGACUUCUAUGUUCUCUCAAUUGCUAUGUCUAUGGGAGACCUUAGAAGCUGUGCUCUCGGAUAAGCAGUGCGGGACGGUGAUCCUAAUAUUGGAUGCUAUGGACGAGUGCAGAGCAGAAGAUCGACAGCCCCUUAUCGAGGCCCUGGCCAAACUCUGUCGACAAAACAGCUCCAGUGGCAGCGCCGUUCAUCUUAAAGUUGUGAUCACAAGCCGGCCCUACGCUGCCCUCCAGCGGGCCUUCAAAUCUUUUCAGACUAUUCACAUCAGGGCUGAGGACAGCAUCGAUAGUAUAGAUGAGGACGUGAAGACUGUCAUCAAUACGAGAGUCGAGCGGUUCUCCAAACAUAUGGAUUUGUCCGGCGAUGUCCGGCUCGCUGCACUGAAGGAAAAGCUCAGAGCGAAAGCAGACUACACGUUUCUUUGGGUAUCGUUGAUUCUUGACAUCCUCGAUCAGAGUGCAGACUGCACUUUUGAGGAGCUGCACGAGAUCAUUGACAACACGAACCCUGGUAUUGAAAGUCUCUACGAAAAUAUUCUCAGUAAGGUGAAGAGCCUUGAAAAGGCUCGGAGGCUGCUGCACAUCAUCGUCGGCGCCGCCGAGCCUUUGACGGCGGACGAGAUCAAUGCCGCGUGGAGUGUCAAGGUCGGGCAGCCGGUUGACCUCGAAAAGAUGCAAGAGAGGUCAUUUCCUUCGGCAGAGCUCGGCAUAAGAGAGACGUGCGGUCUCUUUGUGCGGUUCAUAAAUGGCACCGUUGUGCUUGUUCACCAGACUGCCAAGGAGUUCCUCGUUGAGAAUGCUCAGAGUUCGUUCCAGGAGAACCAGCCAGGGUCACUCAAGUGGCAGCUCCAUCCCACCGAAUCGAGUCGACUUCUCGCCGGUAUCUGCCUGACCUACCUUCUUUCCGUUAAGUUUCACAGCCUCCCUCAACCCAAAUCCAAAAAGAGGAACUCUUAUCCACGAAAGGACCUUGGUAUCUAUAGGCUGCGUGGACUGAAGAAGUUCAUGCGGACGCAUUAUUUCGUUGCUCACGCCGCAAAGUACGUGCUCAAGUACAUCGAGCUCUCCGGGUCUGACGCCUGGGAAGCCGAUAAGCUGGGCAAAUUGGCCCUGGACUUAUUCGCCGACCGCGAGGCCUACACCUCCUGGUUCAUAAUCAGCGAAAGCACAGAGGUCAGGGUCCUCGUGCAUCCGCUCAUAUACGCGGUGAACGCCGGUAUGACCCAUCUAGUCAAGGGACUUCUGGAAUCGGGUCAUGAUCCCGACACAACUGAUCACGAGGGUCGAACGGCACUCAUGAUAGCCGUGAAAGGGCGCCGGCUUUUUAUAGCGGACCUUUUGUUGGAGGCUGGCGCCGAUUGUACGAGAGACGACGGGCACAAUACCGCUCUCCAUCUGGCCGUCCAGGCUGACAAUACCGCCAUGGUGGGCCUGUUGCUCCACCAUGGAGGUGAGAGGAUGGCCAGGAGUAUGACGGAUGCCAUCCCUCUGCAUUUUGCGCGGAGCGUCGCAGUUGCCAAGAUGCUUUUGAAGGAGCAAGCGACCAAGCAGUGCUUCGCCGUGAACUGGGCUUUGGAAACGCCGCUGGACCGGGUUCCAGUAGAUGUGGGGAAAGAAAUUGUAGCUGCUACAAGCCUAGAAUCUCACCACGGAAAGUAG